AAAAAGACUAUAGCCAUUCAAGGGGUUCAUGCACCUGUGGCUCGUGCAUGUGGUCUCAGUGUCAGGUGUGUUCCCUGCACUAACACCUUUUAAAAAAACUCCAGUCAGAGCAAUAAAGACUUGGCAUUUCCUGACUUCAGUAUGUUUCAAUGUAAACGUUAAAAUUGAACGUGCAGCCUUAACACUGUUUAUGUGCAUGUAUGCAUCGCUAUAUCGCCCUCAAAUACUUUGUCCAACUUUUGGUAACACUGUAUAUUAUGCCAUUUUUUCUGAUGGCCUUAGACACCUGUGUGACACUUUUAUCACUGUGUACAAUCCGUAAGUCACAGAUGCAGUUUGUGAAAAUAGUUUAUACACAAGAUGUACAGCUAAUAAGGCCAGGGCCCUACAUCACUCUCUGCUCCUCCUACAAGAUUGUAGAAAUAAUUGCGUUCUUUGAGAGUGUUUUCAACGAUGUGAUUAUAUACACUGCAAUGCAAACAGCUGUGGAAUCUGAUUUUUGCCUGUGUAGGUUUAAGAACUUUAGAAAGCUAUGGCAUUUAAGCUUUUAAAAGAAAUCAUAUUCUGUAAGAACAACCCUGAAUUUCACUGAAUUAUGCACAUUACUGAAUGGACAACUUUAUACUCGGAAUACAUGAAGCUUUUAAGAUUGAGGAAUAUUAAAGGGCUGUCUGCAUGAUAUUGUAAAUUCCCAGCACUCUGCUUCAUACUGCUUACACUUCUAACUGUGCAGGUCCUAAGGUAGUUGCCUGGCAUGCUGCAUGGCAAAGUUAGCCACAGCAGCAUACUCUUCCUUAUGAAAUCUGUUAAAAAGGGCCAAAACAUCAGACCAAUCAGUGUUUAAAGAUAAGGUGAGAUUCUUAAACCCUCAUGCCUGCCAAAUCCAAAGUAUUGUUACAAGGAACUUCCUUUUUUCUUACCAAAUGUUCACUCCAGUCAUAUCGCCCUUCAAGCUUUUUUGUUACAAAAGGACAAAAUGUACAGAAUCGAUUUUCAUUUCAAAUUUUUUAAAAAAUGUUUCUUUUUGGAUGUAGACCAGGCCUGUAAAAUUUCAGUCCAGAAGCUUGAGUGUUUUCAGAAUGUUGAGUGAAUGAAAAGAGGGCUAAAGGAAACAUUUUGAUAACCUUAAAUACCGCUGUUAGGAGAGCUCCAGCUAUACAACCCACCGCUACUUUAAAUGAUGAUGUGCAAUGUCUCUGGUAGGCAGAUCAUAGAGGGUCUGAAAAACUAAUGUAUUACAGCAAGGUUUUCAAAAAGAUGGAGUCACAUAAUUUAGGAAACAAAGUGGCUCUCUCCUGCCCCUUGAAACCAGAAUUGUUUCCAAUUCCAGGUAUCAAAGGUGGAGAUUUACCAUAGUUCAGUUCAUCUAGGGGAAAAUGCAGUUGUAGUUCAGGGUCUACUGAGCUUCUCAAUCUCUGCAGCUUUGUUACUACAAGUAGUAAAUGCUCUCCAGGAUAACACGACCUAGGAGUAAUCUUUCCCUUUUUUAAAGAACUAGUUGGAGUUUGUCUAGAAAAGUGUAGAUGCUCAUGGGAAUAAAAUGAGUAAGAUUAAAAUAAAAUUACACGAUUCAGCCUAACAUGUCAUUUUGCUGUCAAGGCUGUUACUGUUGAAUGUAGACACUUCCAAAAGCUUCCAGGAAGCUCAAAACCAGAUUGGUCAACAGAGCAUUGAGCAUGGACAAUACAGCUACGGUCUGUUGUGUUUACAAGUCAUAGCAUUCUGUUGGGCUAGUGAGCAGGACUGAUUUAGCACUGGUUUCACAACACUUUCCCAGUCAUGAUGACUUUAUUCAGAUUACAUUCCCAUAAGAACCACACUGACCAUUUACAAGAUCUGCUGUUCAGUUUACAAACUUUAGAGGGCAAAGUCUGACCUGAACUAGCAGAUAUUUACCUGCAUCUUUCCAGCUAGAAUCAAAAGGAGUUUUACAUAUUAUCGCCCAUGCACUGAUCUGAGAAUGUAAACCGUAUUUACUUCAUUUAAAUACAAUUUUGAUAGUUCAGAUUAUUUAUCAAAAAUGAAAACACUUCACAAAGUACCCUGAAUUCCAGAUAGAGCUGAUUAUUCCAAUCCACUGGUAAUAUUUUGAAUUAAAAUAUAUUUUUAUAACUCUUCAUAUAACUGCACCUAGCUUAUGGCUUAGAUCUUACCAACAGCUACACAAUAAGUUAACCGCUAUUCAGACAAAUUAACCUCUCCCUUUUGAGGUCAUAAUGGUGGUAAUCAAAGCUCGUUGAUGUUGUUCAAAAUUUUGACAAGUUUCCAUCUAAAUUUAAAAGGGAAAAAAUGAAAAUGUCUACAAAGAUGACAUCCCAUUUCUGACCAGCUCUGGUCAUUUGUUUUAUUAUUGAUUUCUAUUACCAUAGCCUCUUGGAGCCCAAGUCAUGGAGCAGGACCCAUUGGCUAGGCACUGUACCAACAGUACAAAAAGAUGGUUCAUGCCCCUAUAAGCUGAUGGCAAAGGCUUCUCCAGCUACCUGUGGCAUCUCUUGUGUGAACCCCUAAUUACAAUUACAGAUGAGGAUAAAACUGAUUUGGUGUCUAUCGUACAUGCAAGAUGAUUACUUAAAACUUCGGCAUAAAAAUCUCACAUAAAAUAUUACACUCAUUUCAGUCAUUACAAAAAAUUAGAAGCAAGUCAGAAAAAGUGGCUGCCUGCAACUUCCAGUAAAUGAUGGACAUUUCAUCAUAUUAGGCACUGGUUAAGUAAUUGAUCGUUGGAUAAAUAGAGAGACAAUACAGACCGUGACGAAUUGAAAUUGGGAAGGCUCAAGAAGAAAUAAGGGAAUUUACUGCAGUAAAUUCCCAACAGAAGCAAUGUUUGUUUGCGUUCAACAAGCAAAGAAUUGCCCAAUUUGAAUUUAGUCAGGUUUCUGUUAACUAUUUCCAAUUUGCUCUUUGAGAUAAGGCUUCCUAUAAAUAUAGUACCAUUUUUCUUGUGAGAAUCCAUCAGAAAGGACUCCAUUUUUCCGGGGCUUUGCAAUACAGCAGUGGUAAGUUUCAUUCCAUAUGGAAACUUCAUAUUUGUACCACUUUACCUUGUUGUGUAUUCAAUUUUUGUCUUAGAACUGGUGAUUUUUAUGAUGUAAAAACUUAAGCGGAAACAAAAACUUCUAUAUUUACAACUUAUGUCCCAGCCUGGUGCUGUGAUGGCAGAGGGCAUUUCAUUUUUCUGAGUUGAAAUCAUCACUUUUGGAACUCUUCUAAAUUGUGUGUGACCCUGAAGAUCCAUGUACCUGUUCCAAAGCCGAUAUAAGAGGAAUUUACAUUACGUCUGGAGUCUUUAAAAGAUUGACCAGUUUUCUGACAUAUAUUCUCCUUCUAUUACAGCCUAAAGAAGUGAACUAUGAAGUUCUACAACUGCAUGUUGUUGUUGUCCCUGGUACUAUGUGUCAGUGCCCAGAACUGGUUCACUGAUGCUGGAUCAUUCAUAAGGGAUGCUUAUCGAGGCGCUGGGGAUAUGUGGCGUGCAUACCGCGACAUGAGGGAGGCGAAUUAUAAAAAUUCAGAUAAAUAUUUCCAUGCUCGUGGGAAUUAUGAUGCUGCCCAAAGAGGGCCCGGCGGUAAAUGGGCAGCAAAAGUUAUUAGUGAUGCUAGGGAAGGUUGGCAGAGUGACGUUAGCGGCAGAGGAGCCGAAGACACACGUCAAGACCAGGAGGCAAAUGCAUGGGGCAGAAGUGGAGGAGACCCAAACCACUACAGACCAGAGGGCCUUCCCUCGAAAUACUAAUGCAGCCUGUAAUACUUUACAAUGGUUCCAUUUUUCUACCAGCUGUGCAAAACCACAAUAAA